AUGACCAAUGCGACACUCAAACAGGACUUGGCAUGGCGACAUCGCGUCUUGCUCGUCGUCGAAGACCCCUCCACCCACCAGCAGCUAGCCGCCCAGUAUGUACCAGUCGAUCUUGUGCGAAAUGGCGUCACCUACAUUAUUCUCUACUCCAUGUUCGCCACGCUUCUCUUUGUGCUUCUUUGCGCUGUUCUCUUCAAGAAUGGUCUCAGCCCACAAAAGCGCCGCUUGCCCUUUGUCUGGGUGCUAGGCUUCGCCUUGCUCGGCGGCCUUCUCGGCUCGACGCUCAAUACUGUCUUUUGGGCCUAUCAACUCUUCGGCACCGUCUCGCAGGAUACCAUGUUUCGUCUCUGGAUGUCCUCGACAGCCAUGCUCUACAUUGUUCCCCUCGUCACUCACUUUGCCAUCCAGCUUCGUCUGCUCUCCUUUUACCCGACUACGUUGGCAAGCAGGAAGAAGCGCACCAUCAUUAGCAUCGUGCCAUCUCUUCUCAAGGUGGCGAGGCUCACUACCAUCAGCAUCACCCUGCACAACUCGGCCGCCGCUUACAGUCAGCACGGCUUCGGCUUCGUCGUCUCCACGGCCGCCAACGACACAAGCAAUCUCUUCACCCUCAUCUUUCAGCUCGCCGACACUGUCUACGCCUCUCUCUUCCUACUCUGGCGUUACUGGCAUCUAGGCCGUCGUGAUAACGAGCUCAUGCAGAAAAAGUCGCACCCCGUCUUGCGCUGGUCCAAGCAGCUCAUGUUUGCCAUUGCUUUCGGCUACGUGCUGCCCACCAUUUACGCUUUCGCUCUUGUACUUUCCAAGGCACUUAGUCUUUCGGCUGUCGAUAUGGGCUUCAUGCUAGUGGCCAACGUCUACGUCCAAGCUUUCGGUGCCGUCCUGGCCUCGCUAUCGAGUGCUUACAAGUGGAGGGAGGAUCGAUUUACCGACGAUCUUGCACCUGAUAAUGCUGUGCUUCCUGGCAUGCGAAAUGCCAGCGAUCCAUUUGCCACCGGCAUCAUCCUUGCGCGCGAUUCGCGCAACGUGCACGCUCUUGAUUCCUCCAUGUUGGAUACUAGCACAUCCACAAAGCCCUGCUUUUUCACUUCGCGACUUCCAUCCUUGGAUUCCAGGCGGCGCGUUGCCAACCAUCUCACCACGCCCGAAUCGGAUGCUGCCCCCACCGGUCUUACUGCCAUCGUCACUGACGGUAUCGGUGUGACCACUCCCAGCGGUCUCGCGUCCGGAGACGUCUCACCCAAAUCUACAGCACUCCGUCAAGCAGACAGCGUCGACGACCACAAUCCCGACGUGGAGCGAGGCGCCGUGCAGACGAUCAACUUUCCCACCACUUUCGCUAUACACAUGCAGCAGAGCGAGUCUCGGCGCUCCUCCGAUGCCACCCUCUUUGCUCCAUCUGCAGCACUUGACAAGGCAGAAGGAUCUUUGCCGAAGGCAAGACCCUCAUCGUCAGACGGCAAGCUGACCACUCCUCCGCAAAGUCGACCAGGAACUGGUGGCAAUGGACGAAUGCAACGUCAUGGCUCUGGCAUGUCUGUUCCCAUAGACGGCAGUCUGCGCGAGGAGGAAGAAAACACCGUCUCGCCGACGCCUUGA